AUGUCGGACAAGGUCAAGGCGAAACUGGGGCUUCAGUGCGACGACGACUCCGAGUUCUACAUCUGCGAGGGUAAGCCAACACAGUUCCUCGGAUGCUGUGCGUCAGACCCGUGUGUCAGAGACGGAAAGUGCCCGAAGGAGGACUUGAGGCUGUCGGCCUUCGGCCCCGGCAGUUACAAAGACAUUCUCAACCAGGACUGCGACCGAACCUCGGUGGAUGACCGCAGCCAGCAAUUCUAUACAUGCCAGAAUGAUGCGAACAAGUCGAGGACCUUCAUGGGAUGCUGCUCUCAGGACGCCUGUAAGGCAUUUGGCGGCCGAUGCCCGGAAGAUAAACUUGGUCCGGCGGUUCUGAGCAGUAACAGCACCAAUGCCGCGGCUUUUAUGAGCACCGAAUCCGGCGGAAGCAGCGGCCUGUCUACGGGAGCUAUUGUGGGCAUCGCCAUUGGAUGUGCCGUCGUCGUCGGGGUCAUUCUGAUGAUUAUCUGGAGGUGCGGUUGGCACGCGAGGAAGCGCAAGGAGAGGCGCGCGCCAGAGUGGGAGUCAAACGUCCCCCACUAUGACUCGGGCACAUCCUACGCACCGGCCGCUCAUCCCGUCUCAUACUACGACGGCAACUCACCAGCGUCGCCCUACAUGAAGCACCCCGGGUCUCCCAACAGCCAGGACGACCAUCGUUUGUCAACCUAUACCGACAGUAACGUGAGCUCACUGAGCGGAUACUCCCCAAGGCUCCCAAAUCAUUACUCCGGCGGGGGCAUGAACAACUUGCACACAGUCACCGAAUUAGAUGGCAUCGAGCAACGCCCUCAGGUGCCACUCGUUGAACUUGGCGCCGAGACGACGACUACCCGAGACAAAUGA